ACUGAAGGGGACAGGCCCUUUGGUGGUGGCUCAUCCGGGAGACCCCUGCACACCAGGGUCGGCACAGGAGCCCGGUCACUGAGCCAUGCUGGGCCCCGGGUGGCCUACAGCGAGCCCAACCCCGGCACCCACAUAGUCAUGAACAGCCACAGCCACAAUGGUUGUGGGGGGCGGCCGCUGGGCAGCGGGCUGGGUGCCCUGGGCAGAGACCCUUCGGAGCCCGAGGCCGGCCACCCCCCCCAGCCCCCACAUGGCCCGGGCCUCCAGGUGGUGGUGGCCAAGAGCGAGCCAGCCCGGCCCUCACCCGGCAGUCCCCGGGGGCAGCCCCAGGACCAAGAAGAGGAGGAAGACGAUGAAGAGGAUGAGGCAGGCAGGAGGAGGGACUUGGGGAAGACCCCAAACGUGGGCCACCGCCUGGGCCACCGGCGGGCGCUCUUCGAGAAGCGGAAGCGCCUCAGUGACUACGCCCUCAUCUUCGGCAUGUUUGGCAUUGUUGUCAUGGUGACCGAGACGGAGCUGUCCUGGGGGGUCUACACCAAGGAGUCCCUGUACUCGUUUGCACUGAAAUGCCUCAUCAGCCUCUCCACGGUCAUCCUGCUGGGCCUGGUGGUCCUCUACCACGCCAGGGAGAUCCAGCUGUUCAUGGUGGACAACGGGGCGGAUGACUGGCGCAUCGCCAUGACAUGCGAGCGCGUCUUCCUCAUCUCUCUGGAGCUGGCCGUGUGCGCCAUCCACCCGGUGCCGGGUCACUACCGCUUCACGUGGACGGCGCGGCUGGCCUUCACGUACGCGCCGUCGGCAGCCGAGGCUGACGUGGACGUGCUGCUGUCUGUCCCCAUGUUCCUGCGCCUCUACCUGUUGGGCCGCGUCAUGCUGCUGCACAGCAAGAUAUUCACAGAUGCCUCCAGCCGCAGCAUCGGCGCCCUCAACAAGGUCACCUUCAACACACGCUUUGUCAUGAAGACACUCAUGACCAUCUGCCCGGGCACCGUGCUGCUCGUCUUCAGCAUCUCCUCCUGGAUCGUCGCCGCCUGGACGGUGCGGGUCUGUGAGAGGGAAAACAUGUACCAUGACAAGCAGGAAGUGACCAGCAACUUUUUGGGGGCCAUGUGGCUCAUCUCCAUCACCUUCCUCUCCAUCGGCUAUGGCGACAUGGUGCCCCACACCUACUGCGGGAAGGGCGUGUGCCUGCUCACUGGCAUCAUGGGGGCCGGCUGCACAGCACUUGUGGUGGCCGUGGUGGCCCGGAAACUGGAGCUCACCAAGGCAGAGAAACACGUGCACAACUUCAUGAUGGACACUCAGCUCACCAAGCGGGUAAAAAAUGCCGCUGCUAACGUUCUCAGGGAGACGUGGCUCAUCUACAAACACACUAGGCUGGUGAAGAAGCCAGACCACGCCCGGGUUCGGAAACACCAGCGUAAGUUCCUCCAAGCCAUCCAUCAAGCUCAGAAGCUCCGGAGUGUGAAGAUUGAGCAGGGGAAGCUGAAUGACCAGACCAACACUCUCGCCGACCUGGCCAAGACUCAGAAUGUCAUGUACGACCUCAUGUCCGAGCUGCACGCCCAGCACGAGGAGCUUGAGGCCCGCCUGGCUGCCCUCGAAAGCCGCCUGGAUGCGCUGGGCGCCUCCCUGCAGGCCCUGCCCGGCCUCAUCGCCCAAGCCAUACGCCCGCCACCCCCACCCCUGCCUCCCCGGCCUGGCCCCGGACCCCUGGACCAGGCAGCCCGGAGCCCCCCGUGCCGGUGGCCACCCAUGGCCCCUUCAGACUGCGGGUGACAACCCUGCCCACCACCAGACCCCUCAAUCU